AUGUCCUCUUCGCAAUUUCUGCGUUCCAACCGCAUAUACCUCGCGCGCCAGCACAGGCGCACGCUCCUCGACAUUGAGCGGGACGAAGCCGCCAUCAAGCUCGCGGGUGGCGAAGUCACGGCUGGCCUUGCCGGCGCGACCCACAUCGUUGUCCAUGUCUCCGCCGGCGUGGGACCGGUCUGGCAGUGUUCUGCGCGCCACAGUACCCCGAGCAGGGUCAAGCUCCAGACCAUGACCCUCGCCGAGUUCAUGUACGCUGUGUUCGAGCUCCCCCGCCCGCGUCCCAAGCUCGUCACGAGCGAGUACCUCGCUGCGUGGCUCCACCUCGGUCGCGAGCCGGACGGCGUCCAGGGUGCGCUGUGGACUGUGACUCUCCUCGGGCCUGAUCCCUCCUUCCCCAAGUCCACGCCGGCGUUCGAGGUCGAGCCGAAACCCACGCCGUCCGACAAGGCCGAGCCGAUACUCGCGCGGUCGCCCUCGUUUUCGGACACGCGCCAGCAGAUCCAGUUCAAGACCAAGCAGUGA